AAAUGUGUUGCUGGAUAAGAGCUCUGCGCAUAUCCUGGACUGCCAGAAAGAACGAGUAUGGGUCCUAGACAAAAUCAAGCCCGAAGUAUGCAUUGGAUUAUAAACAGAUAAACAGUAGAGUUCAGAUAAGAGGUCAGAUCCGUUGGAGACCAUUGGAUCUUACUCUCAUGUACAUAGAUGGGUGUAACAACUGCGCGGUUGAUUACAGCCUAAAACUCCAGGAGACGAAAUAUUCUGGCGUGGGAUCUGAACUGGUGGCACUCGGAACCUAAGUAGGAAAAUUCACCACGAUCCGUCGCCAAAGGACUCUUGGGGGCGUUUAAUGGCUAUCGCAGAUACUAACUACCGUGUUCCGACUUUCGAGGAUGCGGAAGAAUCCGCGUCGCCCCGGUCGGAGGGGAGCCUUCCUUGCGCGCGCAGCCUCGUGCCUUUCUGUCAGGACGGCUGCAAACAUGGGGCGUUGCUGCUGUCCGUGGGUCGCGCUGGGGCUGGUCGUCCUACUCGGGAAGGCACACUGCCACAACUUUGGACCUUACCCCGAUAUCACGAACAAGACCUUCAUCAAGUUGUACGUCGACGCUCACAACAAAUACCGCAGCGAAGUCAAACCCUCGGCUGCCAACAUGCGCUACAUGACAUUUGAUAUAGCAUUAGCUAGAAUAGCCAAAGCAUAUGGAAAGAAAUGCAUUUGGAAGCAUAACAAGAAUACUAAAAUUCACCCUGACCAUAAAUUUAGACCAUUUGGAGAAAAUUUGUGGAUGGGAAGUGCCGGCAGAAGACCAUUUAAUCCUGUUGGUGCCAUUGGGUCAUUUCACUCGGAGGUAAAAUUCUACGAUUUCAGUUCUCACAAGUGUACAGACGUAUGCGGCCAUUAUACUCAGGUUGUUUGGGCUAAUUCUUACAAGGUUGGCUGUGCAGUUGUUUAUUGCCGUUUAGUGGGCAAAUCGAAGAAUAUGGAACUUCUAGUAUGCAAUUAUGCCCCAGCGGGCAACUAUGCUGGAGUCCGCCCUUAUAAAACAGGACGUUCAUGCAGUGCGUGCCCACAAGGAGACACUUGUCAAAAUAAUCUCUGCAGAAAUCCAGAACGUGACAAAUCAAAUACCAGUUAUGCAAACUGGUAUCCACCUUAUGAAUAUGAGAUUAGAUGUGAUGCAUCCUGUAUUGCUGUUGCAAUUUUAAGGCCUUUGUUGAUGUUCAUAACGCUUCCAGUUGUUUACUACUUGAAACUACGUUAUCCUAGUUUAAGUUUUGGAAUAUAGACUCAAGUUUUCCUUUCAAUAUCUCAGAAUGACUGAAGAAUCACAUUUACAUGAAUGGUUUUAUUGUUGUCAUUGGCAUUACAUUUUCAAAAUAUAUUUGGUUGACUUCAUUGUUUUAUUGGGUCUUUUACAUUUUCUCAAAUUUUUGUUCUGUAUGAAA